AUGGCUGCCAACAAAACUGACAAAAAGAUAAUCUUUUUGUCUCUGAAACAAAAAACUGACAUUUUAGAAAAUUUAGAAUUUGGUGCUUCGGUUAAAUUUUUGGCCCAAGAAUAUGGUGUUCAUAAGAGCACAGUUCGGAGAAUUCGUAGGGAAGGAACGAAUAUCCGUAAUUUUGCAGAUCAGGGGUCCCAAAUAUUACAAUGGAAAAACCGGAGGAAACCAAAACAUGACGACCUUGAUAGCAGUUUGUAUAAGUGGUUCCUUGAAAGACGAACGUUAGGAGAUCCACUGUCGGACCUCCUGCUUCAGGAAAAGGCAAUGGAGCUUUACAACGUAAUUGGUGGAACGUCGUCGUUUACGGCAAGUAGAGGCUGGCUAACGAAAUUUAAAAGACAGCACAACAUUCGUCUACUUCAUGUGCAUGGAGAAGCAGGAAGUGCAGAUGAGGAAGGUGCACAACGUUUUUUAAUUAACUUUGCGAAGAAAGUAGAGGAAGAAGGCAUCGAGGGACACAAUAUUUACAACAUGGACGAAAGUGGUUUAAUGUGGAAGGCUGUUCCUUCGAAAACUUUGGUCCAUGGUGAAGAACAGAAAAUUGAAGGCAAAAAAAUGGAAAAAGACCGCGUCACUAUUGGCUUCUGUGCUAAUGCGACUGGACCAUACAAAUUGCCACUUCUAUUUGUUUAUAAAUAUCAGAAUCCGAGAGCCUUAAAAAAUUGUGGCACGUUGCCAGUAGUCUAUACGUUCCAAAAGCAGGCUUGGGUCAAUAGACAAAUUUUUGCAGACUGGUAUGAGAACCACUUUAAAUCAAGUGUCAAACAGCAUCAAUUGGAGAAUAAAUAUCAAGGGAAGACAAUUUUGCUGGUUGAUAAUUGUCAAGGCCACAUAAUUGAAACAGACGAUGAAGAGGAACAGUUUGAAAUUAUUUUUCUGCCUCCAAAUACUACAUCAAUUAUACAACCGAUGGAUCAAGGGAUUAUUGCAAAAUUAAAAAAACGUUACAGACACAAAAUGUUGCGCCACGUAUUGACAUUUCCGGGUCGACUUAAUAAAUUCUAUUCUAGAUUCACAAUAAAGGAUUGCAUAUUUUUAGUUCGCGAUGCCUGCGAAGAUGUCACCAGCAAUGAUAUUAGGAAUGGCUGGAACAAAAUUUUUACAAAAGACUCUGAGAAUUCUUCGGAAGAUGUAUUGAACACGACAAUAGAUUCGUAA